CUGUUAUCGUAAACGCCUUGGUUUCAAUUACGAACCUUGUUGGUGGCCAGGAUGCUGCCAGAAAGUACAACGAGUUUACCGUUGAAGAGUUGCAGGCUAUGUCUCUCUUGAAACGUCUUUCGCUCAACGACUGGAGAUUGGAGCUCUUCACAUUGUCGUUCAUUGCCGGUUUCGUUGUUUUGUUUUGGAUUGGUGACAGAUAUAACACCUACUUGGUUAAGAACUUCUUGGCUCUGGUCAAAGGUGCCUUCACCAACAACUUCUACCAGUUUGGAGUUUCUCCCACUGAAACAUAUAUCAAAGAUUCAUCGGAAAGUUAUUCGUCCUACGCUACAGGUAGGGAAAACAUUGCCAAAGUCAAUAUUGUUUUCAGAUUGAAGCCUAGACACAAUCUCUUUGUCUGGAUCAUGGAAACCGCUUUGUCUUUCUUCACUACAUCUGUGCCUGCUCCUUCUGAUAAAGUCGAAAUUACCAUCACUCCGGCUAACAGUAACGUCUACGACAACUUCAUUGCUGCUGUUGUAUCCAAGUUGGGUAUGAAUGACUUCAGAAAAGAAAACUACUUCUUGUCUUUGACCAGAACUUCGGACUCGUCCAACUUGCCUGAAUCGUUUGUCUACAUGAGUGAAGUCAACGAGUUCCAGGAGAAGAUCACCACUCCCGACUUGAAGAAUGCUUUGACUUUGCAAGCUGCCUCUUUCAUCAGAUUCAUCGCUUUCACAGAUCAGCCUGCUGAAAAGCCGGAAUCACUCCAGGAGUUGAUUCCUCGUAGAAGAGUAGUUUUCUCCAUCAACUUGACUUCCAACAAGAAGGAGCUUGCCCAGGUUCAAGAAAUCUUGGAAGCCUUGUUUGCUAUUGUGGACAAGUUAGCUACUAAGGAAAUUUCAUUCAGAAGCGAAGCCGUCAAGAAGGUUGUUAAGACUAGAGAAAAUGAAAUCGCCAAGAUCAAUAAGAUCAAGGAAGACAUCAAGCAGGAAGAGUUGGCUGAACAAAAAGCCCAACAAGCCAGGGAAGAAAGAGACAAGUUGAGAUCCUUGUCCAGAGAAGAACAACUCAAGGUUGAAAAGAAGGCCCAGGAAAAGAAGCAAAGAAAGUUGGCAAAGAAGCAAAGAGUUAGAAUGUAAUGUCUAUUGUUCUACCAGCUCUUCUUCAGUUCUACCCUACAGUAGUAGUAAUAUUAAAAACACUCUUGAAUGCGUAUAGACAGUCAAAUUUUUAAUCAGUCUGGAAAUCAAGAAAGUCAUAAUACUUUUAUGUAAUUGUCCAUAAUGCUUUAUGUAAUGUCAUACAUAUAAUACAAGUUUACCUAGCUUUGUAU